AUGAGAUUGCCUGUCUGUUGGUGUUGGCUGUGGCCGCCCAAGCUCAAUUCUUCGGAUACGGUGGAUAUGGUGGAUACCUACGGAAAUUACGGUGUCUAUCCAUUCGCUGGCGUCCGCGCCACCACGGCCUACACUGGAAUCCCCGCAACUGCCGCCGUCCCCGCCGCCUACCCCGUCGCUUACGGCUACCCUUCUUUCUCCGCCACCCAGUACCACGCCCAAGACGAGCUCGGCCAGGCCAGCUUCGGCUACGCUCACCCCGGACAGGCCGCCAGCAACCUCCGUGACGGUUUCGGCAACCAGAUCGGCAGCUACGCUUACGUCAACCCAAAAGGCAAGGAAGUACGUGUCUCCUACACCGCCGACUCCCGAGGCUUCCGCGUCAAAUCCAACAACUUGCCCGUCGCUCCCGUCGACAAUUCGGUAGCACCCCUCCCGGUCCAGGACACCCCCGAGGUGGCCGCUGCCAAGGCGGAAUUCGCCGUUAAAUUCGCCGCCGCCAAGGCCAGCCGUGCUAAGCGCCAAGUCUUUGGCUUCGGAGCUGCUCCAUUUUCUUACCCCGGAUAUGCCGUUUCCCCUUACGCCUACUCAGUUGCCGCUCCCGCCGUCUACGCCACCCCAGCUAUGCCCAUCAUUGAGACCACUUUGACCAAGGUCAUUCACACCCCUGGUCACGCAGUCUCUUACCGCGUGGACUAAAAUUUUGUUAAAUAGAAUCU